AGCCUAAGUCCUAUCUUUUGGUCUAUGGUCUCAGCAAGGAGCCCUAAGGGAGCCUACUAACAGGUCUUCAGGGGAGCCCCAGGAACUACUUCCAGGAAAGAGGGUGGGCUACAGGGGUCUCUGUGCGCACUGCAUCAUGGUGAGGAAUGUUGACGACCUGGAUUUCCACCUGCCUUCACACGCCCAAGACAUGCUGGAAGGCCUGCAGCGUCUGCGCUCCCUGCCCAAGCUGGCCGAUGUCACGCUGCUGGUUGGUGACCAGGAGCUGCCCUGUCAUCGCAGCCUUCUGGCACUGAAUAGCCCCUACUUCCACGCCAUGUUUGCCGGAGACUUUGCUGAGAGCUUUUCGGCACGUGUGGAGCUGCGAGACGUAGAGCCGGCUGUGGUGGGGCAGCUGGUGGACUUCGUGUACACAGGCCAGCUGACCAUCACUCAGACUAACGUGGAGGCACUGACCCGCUCCGCCUCACGUCUGCACUUCCCCACUGUACAGAAGGUCUGCGGCCGAUACCUUCAGCAGCAGUUAGAUGCCACCAACUGCCUGGGCAUCUGCGAGUUUGGGGAACAGCAAGGACUGUUGGGUGUGGCUGCCAAAGCCUGGGCCUUCCUGCGGGAGAACUUUGAGGCAGUAGCCCAAGAGGAUGAAUUCUUGCAGCUGCCAAGAGACCGUCUGGCCACCUGUCUGGCCAGCGACCUGCUGCAGGUACAACCGGAGCAGAGCCGGCUCGAGGCCCUGUUGCGCUGGGUGCGCCAUGACCCUCAGGACCGGGCUGCCCACCUGCCUGAGCUCCUCAGCCUGGUGCACCUGGAUGCUGUGCCUAGGCCCUGUGUGCAACAGUUGCUGGCCACAGAGCCACUGAUCCAGGAGUCAGAGGCGUGUCAGGAGGCCCUGUCCCAGGGCCACAGUGCGGAGAUUCCUGGCCUCCCACAGAAGAUGCAGGAGGUGCUGGUGGUCGUAGGAGGACGGGCGCUGGAGGAGGAAGAGGAGGAGGGUGAGGAGCCCAACCCCCACCCUGGGAACUUUGCUUUCUACAACACUAAGGCCAGGCAGUGGAUGGCACUCCCGGACUUCCCCGAUUACCACAAGUGGGGCUUCUCCCUGGCAGCACUCAACAGUGAUGUCUAUGUCACAGGUGGCUCACGGGGUACCAAAACAGAUACCUGGUCGACCACCCAAGCCUGGUGCUUCCCGCUGAAGGAAGCUGUCUGGAAGCCCGUGGCACCCAUGCUGAAGGCCCGCACGAACCAUGCCAGUACAGCAUUGAAUGGAGAGGUUUAUGCCAUCGGUGGCACCGCCCUGGAUGCAGUAGAAGUAGAACGUUAUGAUCCCUAUACGGACAGCUGGACUUCUGUCAGUCCAGCCCCCAAAUAUGUCAGCAACUUCUCAGCUGCCAGCUGCCAGGGUCGCCUCUACCUGGUGGGCUCCAGUGCCUGCAAGUACAACAUGCUGGCUCUCCAGUGCUACAGUCCUGUGACAGAUUCAUGGAGUGUCAUCGCUUCGCCUUUCCUGCCCAAGUACCUGUCCUCUCCACGCUGUGCUGCUCUCAAUGGAGCCUUGUAUCUCAUUGGUGACAACACUAAGAAGGUCUAUGUGUAUGACCCGGGGGCCAACCUGUGGCAGAAGGUGCAGUCUCAGCACAGCCUACAUGAGAAUGGUGCAUUAGUGCCUCUGGGUGACCUGCUGUAUGUGACGGGUGGCCGCUGGCAAGGCAUGGACGGAGACUACCAUGUGGAGAUGGAAGCCUAUGACACUGUGAGAGAUGCCUGGGCCCGCCAUGGCUCCCUUCCCCGUCUUUGGCUCUACCAUGGGGCCUCUACCAUCUUUUUGGACAUCUCCAAGUGGACACAGCCCUUCAGGCCCACUGCCCCUCAGGAGCACUAGGGAGGGAGGAGUUCCUGGCUCUGCUCCUCAUUGUCCUGCAGAAUGCCACCACCACCCACUUUGUGCUUGUCCUCUGUUUACUGUGAGUUGCUGCCCCCUCCAGGGGAUGGCCUGGGCUCGGUAUCAGAUGACACAGUUCUGGGGCUACCAACUUUGUCGCCAGUUGUAAGAGUGAGAGCCUGAUACUCAACUCACGUGGUGGUGGAGAGAGCUCUGCUGUCCUUGAAGACCUCAGAGAAAGAAGCUGAGGGAUCCUGGACUGUACCCUCAGAGGAAACAGACCCCUUGGUGUCAGCUCUUCUUGCUCUACCUGCCGCAGUUUAGGGGGAAAAACGUGCAAACGGGGAGUUAAAAUGGAGUACCCAGAACACUGAGCCAGGGCCUCAAGCUUGGAUGCCCAGCCUAGAGCAUGCCACGACAUGCCCUUUGACCUUGCCCACAGCUUCCUCUGUCCCCACUUUCAUCAGAUUCCACAUUCACCUCACAUGGGGUGGCUGGAUGAAGGCCAGGUUGUCUCCAUCCCUGGCCUCUGUGUGUUGGCACUGUGUUUACAUAGCUGCUUCUGGGAUGAAGGUGGUCCUGCCCCACCACAGGUACCUCUGACACUAGGAAAGCAGCCCCUAAAGAGACACUAGGAAGGCAGGGGGAUGUGGUACAGAUCAGGAGACUGAGACCGUGGAAGAUUCUCUAGAAGAGAGGUUUUCAAGCUUCCUAAUGCUGGGACCCUUUAAUACAGUUCCUCAUGUUGUCGUGACCUCCGACCAUAAAAUUGUCUUCACUGUUACUUAGUAACGAUAAUUUUGUUACUGUUAUGACUGUAAAUAUUUGAUAUGCAGGAUACCUGAUAAAUGAAUUAACAUCUGAUAUGCAGGGUAUUUGACACCUGACCCCUCAGCCUGGUCUGCAGGGAUUCUAGGUGUGGCCCUGGGGUGUGUCACAAGCUUGCCUCUGGUGGUCUGCUUAGAUGGGGUGGAGCUAAACGUCUGAAGGACUCUCCUGCCAGUCAUGAUAUGAUUUAACAUGACUCAGACUUCGGUUUCAUGAGGUCAUGCAUUUCUCAGUCUCCACGUCUCUGUGUGUCACUUUUCCUCCCUUUGUCCCUUCCCCCUCUUUCUCUCCUCCAGUCAAGGCACCAGAUUUGUAAGCAGACGAACAAUAAAGGACUCUUACUG